AUGGAAAUGGAAACGAUGAUAGAUGAUGGUAGCAAUUCGGCGGAUGACCACAGUAUUGCCGAGAGCGAAUAUAGUUUAAGUUCGGAACUACAUCAUUUCACGCUGCAUCAAUGUGCAAGAGAUGGAGACUUUUACAAUAUCAAGUUUCUUCUUAAAUACAUGACCAGUAAGAAUACACUUAAGAAGAACAUAAAUAAACAUGAUGAAAGUGACCUUAGCCCACUUCAUUAUGCUGUACGCUACGGACAUAUAGAUAGCGUUAAAUUACUGAUUGAACAUAAGGCAGAUAUUAAUAAUCCUGGGGCUUACGGAGCACAUCCAUUGCACUUAGCAGCAAAAUAUAAGCCUGAAAAUAUAAAGAAAACAGUAAACAUCAAUGAAAAUGAAGAAGGGGGAGGAGGAGAAGGAGAAGAAGAAGAAGAAGAAGAAGCAGCUGAAGGAAAUGAAGAAAACCAAGCUGAGGCAUCCCAAAAGAGUGUGGUAAAAUAUUUGGUGGAAUCAGGAGCUGAUAUCAACUGCCAGGACACAUAUGGCUCCACACCUCUCCAUUAUGCCAGUAUGAGAGGUUGUGAUUCUGUGGUUCGGGAUCUGCUUACUUUUCCACAGAUUGAAGUUGAUAAAGUGGACAAAACGAUGAUGACAGCCUUGCAUACUGCAGCUCGAUACAGUCAAGUUGUUGUGGCAGAAGAGCUGCUUAAUUGUGGUGCUCAAGUCCAGUGCCUUGAUGAUGAAAAGUGCACUCCAUUGUUCUAUGCUUGCUUCUAUGGAUGUGAAAAACUUGUAUUGAUGCUGUUUGACAAAGCUAUUGAACAAAGCGGAUGGAUGGGUGCAUCUGAUUUGCUCUCUAACAAAAAUAUUGAUGGCCAGACAUGUCUUCAUGCAGCUGUUAAUGGCGGUAACACAAAUAUUGUAAAAGCAUGUUUACAAAGAAAUGCGGAUGUAAAUGCAACACAAAAUAAUAAGUCAAUGCCCCUCCAUUUGGCAGCUAUGUCAGGUAACAUGGAGUGUGUUAAGAUGCUUAUAGCUCACAAUGCUAGAAUAGAUGCUUUUGAUAAUGAACAGUCAACACCACUGCAUAAAGCUUGUCUUUAUAACCAUCAUGAAGUGGUCAAGUAUCUUAUUAAACAUGGAGCUCGUAUAAAUAAGAGAGACUAUGACAGCUGCACCCCACUGUUGUUAGCAUCCCUCAAGGGACAUGUAGAGACAAUUGAAGUAUUGAUGGAAGCUUUUGCAGACCACACUGCUGUUGAUAUAUCAGAAAAAACAGCUGUCUAUUUAGCUGUCGAGGAAAAUCACCUGGAAGCCUUAAAGAAACUCCUGGAAUAUCCUAUAGUAACUGAUCAAAUCCAUGAGAGUGACCAGUAUGGAAAUAUACCUUUGCAUAUAGCAGCAAAAGAAGGCUACGUCGAGAUAGUUCGGCUUCUUCUACAAUAUGGUGCUAGCAUCAAUGCUGCAAAUGAUGAAGAAAGUAGCCCGAUUCACUUGGCUGCCCAAUAUGGCAGAACAAAUGUGGUACGAUUACUGGUACAAAAGGAAAAUUCCAUAGUGAAGAGUGAAGAUGAAGAUUCCAAUACUCCCCUUCAUAUUGCUGCUAUUCAUGGUCACGACAUGGUGGGGGAAAUUCUUCUUGAAUAUGGAGCUGAUGUUUGUGCUAAAAACAACAAAUUGUGGACACCACUUGAUUGUGCAGCUGCAAAAGGAAUGACAAGCAUUGCACAAGUUCUUUUAGAUAAUGACAGUCCUGUGGAUCCAGCUGACAAAACAAAGAUGACACCACUUCACCUUGCAUCCCAAGGUGGUCAUUCUCGUAUGGUGACUCUUCUUCUUGACCAUAAUGCCAAUAUUGGACAAUGUGAUUCUGAUGGAAACAAUUGCUUAGAUUUGGCCAUUGAUAACAAUCAUCCUGAUGUUGCCAUGCUGCUUAUUAACCAUGAGAAAUGGGAGGAUGUGAUGCGAAAUGAAACCAUGGACCUUCUGUCAGGCUGCCGUCAGACACCGAUGAGAAAAUUAAUCCAGAAGAUGCCAGAGGUUGCAGGAAGCGUGCUUAACCGAUGUAUAACCUCAACAGGUGAUUCUGCCAGUAAAGACCGCUGCAUUACAUUCAAUUAUGAAUAUUUGGAUGAUACAUACAUUAGUUGGGAAAAAUCAAAAUCAAGUGACACAACAUAUUCUUAUAGUGAUGAAGUUAAUGUGGUUGAUAACUAUUAUCCUUACACACUAGACAUGACACAAAUGAAGUCGAACCAUCCUUUAUAUAUUAUGGUGGACAAUAAACAGGUAGACUUGUUGGCUCAUCCUGUUGUUAUUCAACUGAUGAACUACAAAUGGUAUUCCUUUGGAGCUGUCUUUUACUACCUAAAUUUUUUUAUCUAUGCAGUUUUUUUGGCUUUUUUUACUGGAUAUAUCAUACAAGCAAAUCCACCAAAAUUGAAUGUUGUUUAUUACAAUGGAACCUACUGUGAUACAUCAAAUAUUGUAAAUGAGAAAUUUUUCCCAUACUAUGGACGUUAUGUCAUCCUUGGACUUUCUAUAUUUAUGUUAUUCCGAGAAAUUUUCCAGUUUUAUCAAGCAAGAUCAAGUUAUUUGACUUUUGUCAACAUAUUUGAAUGGGUGACUUACACACUGACGAUUUUAUUUGUAAUUGGACUCAACAAAUGUCAAUGGGAUCGGAAUUACAUUGAGCAAUGGCAGUGGAAUCUUGGGUCAAUUGCUAUUUUUUUUGCGUGGAUGGAUUUGGUGUUGUUUGUUCAGAAAGUCCCUCGUUUUGGCAUCUACGUUGUCAUGAUUACUGACAUCCUUUACACCUUCAUACAGUUUGCUAUUGUUUUUCUGUUAAUCAUCGUUGCAUUUGCAUUUGGAUUUUAUGCUCUUCUCCAAUCAAGGGUGGACAAAAUGGGUACACAAGUUCCAUUUGCUCCAUUUGUACAUAUUGGAAAAUCAUUGGUUAAAACUUCUGUUAUGCUUAUUGGAGAAUUUGAAUUUACAGACAUUUUCCAUGAUGAUUACUUAAAACCUCAAUUUGAAUAUAUGACUUAUAUAAUGUUUGUUAUAUUCCUUGUAUUUGGAUCAAUCAUCAUUAUGAACUUACUGGUUGGUCUUGCUGUAGAUGACAUUAAGGGUGUACAAAUACAAGCCGCUCUCAAACGUAGGGCCAUGGAGGUUGAUUUGGUUUUAGAUGUUGAACGGUUCUUACCAUUUGGAAUACAUCGAAAGAAAAUUGUGAAAUAUCAAAAGAUUUACCCAAAUGCUGAUCGUCAGUUUUCAUUCUUAAAAUACUUCAAAGUGAAAAAUGUCAAGGCUCGAGAAAUUGAAAAAAUUUUAAAUCCAGAAUUAGAUGAAAUAAAAAGCAUUAAAAAAAAGCAAAAAGAUCUGAAACGCAUGAUGUAUGAGUUGACGGAUACUGUUAAUGAAAUGAGGACUCAAAAUCGAAUAAUGCAAAGUAUGGUACAGGCAAUCAUCAAGAGUCAAGGGAUAGCUUGGGAAGAAGAGGAUUACCAAGAUUCUGACUGA